GCAGAGUUUAGGAAAAUCAGAAGCCGUGAGGGAGAAUCAAAGAUGGAGGAAGGAGAAGAAGCAGCGAAUUGGAGCGAGGCAGUGGAGGAUCUGGUGGCGGCGGGAGACACGCAGGGCGCUAUCUCCUCCCUCGAGAACCUAAUUUCCAAGCUCCAAGUCGGUGACGACUCCGCCGAAACGACGGCGUUGGAUCUCCAAUUGGCUUCUGCUCUCUGCGACUUGGCCAAUCUCUACUCCUCCAUAGGUUUCUCUCUCAAGUCCGACGAGCUUCGCACUCGCGCAUCUCUCAUCAGAGAACGCUCUCAGUCUUCUCGUGAGACAAAGAAUGAUUCGAAGGAAGAUUGCUUGUUGUCCCCAGGCGUUGCUUCGGCUGGAAAAAAUUCAGUGCGCGAUAAACCUCGGCCUGAUGGGAAUCCUGAGAAGUCAACAAAAACAAUUGAAGAGGAUUCGCCUUGCAAAUCAUCUUCAGAUGAUGAUUGGGAAGCUAUUGCUGAUCGUGAACCAAAUGAAUUACUUUCCUCGGAGUGCUCGCCUGGAGUAUCAAAUCUCUCAUUGGAAGAUGGCAAAGUUCAAGCCCCUAAGCGACGGGGAAGGGGAACAUUCUCUUACAAUAAGGAUGAGCUGUAUAGUGAUCGACUAUCUGAUAGAUCUCUUUCCAAUGACCCAGAGGAUGAGGAUUCUUGCCUCAGUUCAGAGAAAAAGGCAGAAUCACUGCAACCAAAAUAUGGUACCCGUCAUGUUCUUGUUCUGGCUGACUUUUCACCAAGUACUAGGACAACAGAUCUAGAGAAGCUCUUUGAGGGCUUUAGAGACCAUGGAGUGGUAAUUCGCUGGGUCAAUGAUACAACAGCUCUUGCAGUAUUUCGAACACCAUCAAUUGCACUUGAAGCACGCAACUCUGUUCUGUGCCCAUUCACAGUACGCAUACUUGAUGGGGAUGAUGAGCUUUUACAUUCAAUUGCAGCAAGAGAUCUUGAACCUCCUCGCGCAAGGCCACAGACAUCAGCUAGAACUGCCCAGAGGCUGAUUGCUCAGAGUAUGGGACUGAAGUUACCAUCAACUUUUGGGUCUAGAGAAUUAAGAAACCAGGAAGAAGCCCGAAGGAAUAGAAUAGUUACAAGGCAAAAAAUGAGAGAUGAUGCCUGGGGUGCCGAUUGAUUGAGAUGGCCCUCCCUUAUUGUCUAUUUAAGUAUGACUAAUUCGAUUAAGUUACAUCUUAUUUCUGGCCAAAAAGAUAGAAGAGACAAGACUAGUCCCCAUGCUGCACCUAGGAAAAUACAUACACUUUUCCCUCCCUGUAUUGGUCCCUCUUUCGUUUCCUUAGGGAUUUGAAUUCUGUUGUAUGAUGGACGUUGGACUUUUGGUAUGAAAUAUUCUGCAUUUCCAGAAAUUUCUAGAAUGGAAAAAGGGAGGGGAAAAAGUUGGGAUUAAAGUAGAGGUUGCAUGUUCUUGUCAUCAAUUGAAUUUGGGGACCAUUGUUUUCUCAUGCUGAUGAAAAUUGCGAGAGGCCAAGCUUUGAAGAACUAAAAUCAGAAGGAAAAACUCGUAUAAAACCUUUUUACUUUA